AUGUUGCUGCUGCUGCUGUUGUUGCUGUUGCUGCAGCAGCAGCAGCAGCAACUGCAACAGCACGCAGAAGCUGCUGUCUUGGGAGGGGGGGCCCCCGCUUGGCUUCGUAUAGCUCCCCCUAGCCGUUGCUGCUGCGGCGCGCCGCCGACUGCAGCACAACCAGCACCAGCAGCAGCAGCAGCAGCAGCAGCUGCUGCUGCUGCUGCUGCAGCACCAGCAGCAACUACAGCAGCAACAGCAGCAGCAGCAGCAGCAGCAGCAGCAGGACGGCGUUAUUCUCUAUCAUGUGCCUCUGCAACCGCAGCAUCAGCAGCAACCCCCCCCCCACCACCACCGCCAGCAGCAGCAGCAGCAGCAGCAGCAGCAGCAGCAGCAGCAGCAGCAGAAGAAGAAGAAGAUAUAUUUCGUAUAUGUUUACUGGGUAGAACGAAUGCGGGGCUGUGUGCUGGCGACGAAGAGCUCGCUGAGGUGUAUAGGCAGCUCUCCAUCCCGGUGGUGGUUGCCGUCAACAAAUGCGAGAACCCCAAAACAGGAGAAGCAGCAGCUCAGGUGUAUAGACAGCUGGCGGCCGUCUGUCUCCCGUCGUCUGCUGCCGGCUGCUCCUCGCGGCGGCUACAGCAGCUACACGAAAGUCGCCAUCAUAGGAAGGCCGAACGUGGGAAAGUCUCAGCUGCUGAACGCGCUGGCGGGGCAGCUGCGGUGUAUCGUCAGCUCGGCGGCGGGGACGACGGUGGACGCGGUGGAUGA